GCCAUUUUAAGACGACUGCGUUAUGAAGGAGGCCAUAUCUGAACAACGUCGACAACAGCUUUUCCACAAUAGGCAAACAAUAUAUGCCUUUCUGUAAAAUAUGCUGAGCAACAGUAAAGUGCCUUGGACCGUCGUUUCUGAGAAGGAGAAGAUGGAAAUCCCCCGACAGCCUGGGGAGAGCGAAUAAAAUAUGGAGGAAGACAAAAUGGAGGAAGACAAAAUGGAGGAAGACAGGCUUCUGCAGACAGUAUCUCCUGCAUCAAGCUGUCUGUCCGUGAAAAGUGACCACUCCAGGGAUCGACCAAAUGGAGAUCCCAGAGUUCAGUGUGGAGGAACAUCACCUACCUCCACAGUUGUUUCCCUGAACAGUACCGGGUCCAUUGAUAGACCGAUCACCUUCAGAGACAGAACCACAAGUCCAUACUCCAGGCCUUUGGGAGCAGUAUCUCCUACCCCAAGCCAACUCUCCUUGAGAAGUGACCACUCCAUGGCUCCACCUAUCACAUUUACAGAUGGAGAUCUCAGUGGUAAACAGGAGAGGGUGUUGUCACCGUGUCUGUCCAUGAAGAGUGAUCGGUCCAUGUACAGUCCCAUUAACUUUGGAAAAGAUGCCAGUGGUAAACAGGAGAGGGUGUGGUCACCGUGUCUGUCCAUGAAGAGUGAUCGGUCCAUGUACAGUCCCAUUAACUUUGGAAAAGAUGCCAGUGGUAAACAGGAGAGGGUGUUGUCACCGUGUCUGUCCAUGAAGAGUGAUCGGUCCAUGUACAGUCCCAUUAACUUUGGAAAAGAUGCCAGUGGUAAACAGGAGAGGGUGUGGUCACCGUGUCUGUCCAUGAAGAGUGAUUGGUCCAUGAACAUGCCCAUUAACUUUGGAAGAGAUGCCAGUGAGCUGACAGCCAGUCUGCUGACAGAGGACCACUUCAGAUGCUCAGUGUGUACAGAGGUUCUGGAAAAGCCAGUCUCCAUCCCCUGUGGACACAGUUACUGCAGACAGUGCAUUGAGACUUACUGGAACCAGCCUGAUCAGACAGGAGAGUACGACUGCCCCCAGUGCGGAAAGAGAUUCAGAACACGUCCUGACCUCCUCACUAACUCAGCCUUGGAGAAGGUGAUUGGGAAACUCCACCAGGCAGGGUUCAAGGUCCCUGCUCUUCCCAGUCACUGCUACGCUGGACCUGGAGAUGUGGCCUGUGAUCUCUGCACUGAGAAACAGCUCAAAGCUGUGAAGUCCUGUCUGACCUGCGCCGCCUCCUACUGCGAGAGUCACGUCAGGCAUCACUACACCGUAGCAGCUCUGCAGAGACACACCCUGGUGGAGGUGACUGGACACCUGGACCAGAAACUGUGCCAGCUGCACCACAGAGCUCUGGAGGUCUUCUGUAAGACAGACCAGGUCUCUGUGUGUCUUCUGUGUGUCUUGCAAGACCACAGAAGCCAUGAUGUCAUAAAGAAUGAGAGAGAUACUGAUGAGGCAAAAACCACAAAUCAACACGAACAGGCUGCGUUGAGAUUGGAAGCAAUAUUACAGAGCGAUGUCCAACAAAAGAAAACAGAACUAACCAACACGAUCCAACUGGAACAGAUUUUAGAGAAAAAAGCUACCUGGGAACUGACCUAUCAUGCAAAACAUUUCUACAGAGGCUUUGAGGAUGUUCUUAACAAUGACUGGACAGCAGACAGUGUUGUGGUGGCUGCCCUCGGUCGUCCCAUAGAUCUUGGGAUGUUGUAUGACUGCCGUAAUGACUCGUAUUGUUCAGAUUUGUUUCUGUGGAACAACAAGACCAUUGCUUCAAUGCAACUGUCCCUCCCUCGGCCUCACACAGAGGUGAAGUGUGUUGAAGGAGACUCCCUACAGGAUAGGUUCAGGGCUCUGGAUGUGACCACUCCUCUGAGAGCCAGUGUCUUGUCUGGACUGGUGGAGGUCGGUGGUGCUGCUGGAUACCUGAACCAUCCUGUUCAGUCCACACUGCAGGACCGGGUCACUCUACACUACAGAACCACUACCAGACUGGACAUGCUCAGUCCCAGGGUGCUUCAGGAGGAGACAGACGGAACACAACACAAGGCAACACAUGUGGUGAUGGCUGUUCUCUACGGAGCUCAAGCAUUCUUUAUCUUUGACAGCAAACACAUCAGCGGACAACAAAGUGGUGCAGGAGAGGCAGAUAUGCACGGUGUUGUGAAGAAGAUGAUGCCGUCCUUCAGUGCAGAUCAUAUAUUUUCCAGCUUGAGUGACACUGAGAAACUAAACAGUUGCUUGUAUCAGUGUACUCUCCACAGUGAUGUAGACCAUGUCAAUGGCUCCAUGACUUAUAACAAAGCUUUGAAAGUCUAUGAAACUCUCCCGAAGCACCUUGGACAGCAUGGAGAGAAAGCGGUGGCUCUGUACGCCUGGCUCUAUCCUCUGAAGAAUCUGGGACAUUCAGUUGAAAUCCGAUAUUUCACAAAGGCAGAGUGUGUGCUGGACCAUCUGAGGCAGGCCACCAUGAUAUGUCAGGAGAUGAUGACAGACUUGACCAAUGGUCGUGUGAUGAAAUGGUUUCCUGAUCUGAAGUCUAGACUGUCUAGAUUAUCAGAGCUGCUGCAGAAGUACCAGUCAGGGUUCAGGAGCGGGCUGGCCAUGGCAUUAAAGACCAUGAGAGAGAGUGACGGGGUGGAUGAAAGCAGACUGAGAGACAUUCUCCAGAACCAUGACCAGUCACCGUUCUGUCCUCAGUCCAUUAACCUGUGGCUAAACAACAAGGCAGCGGAGGUGAAGGCUCUGAAUGUCUGUAAAACAAGAAACAUCCCCAUAAUGAAAUCUCAGGAAGAGCUGGACAGCGUCCUCAUAUCCUCAAAGGACAGGCUGCUGUGCUUCACUCUCCACCUCCCCUGCAGGAUGAAUAUCCAUUCCUCUCCACCAUGGAGCAGCACACACAAGAGAACCAAACUGAUCUCACUGGACAGCAGGAGACACAGCGACCAUUCAAACCUCCAGAUUUAA